GAAUUUUUGAACUCCUAUUUUUUUCCCUUUUAAUAAUAGUCCACCGCAGCAUCGGCAGCCAGCAACUUCGCAACCUUGAUCCAUUCCUAAUGCUUGAUGAGUUCGACGUCAAGGCUCCUGGUGGUUUCCCUGACCAUCCUCACCGUGGCUUCGAAACGGUCACCUAUAUGCUCGAAGGUGAAUUCUUGCAUGAAGACUUCAAGGGCCACAAGGGUCGCAUCGGACCCGGCGAUCUGCAAUGGAUGUCCGCCGCUCGUGGCAUUAUGCAUUCUGAGAUCCCUGCAACCAACAGCCGGGCCCACGGUCUGCAACUUUGGGUCAACCUUGCCAGCAAGGACAAAAUGGCCGAGCCCAGCUACCAGGAAUACCCCGCAUCCCAGGUAACGCAUGUGUCACCCGAGGAGGGCGUCCAAAUCAAGGUCAUUGCCGGUGAAUCCCAUGGCGCAAAGAGUCCUGUCAUGACACGUACACCUACCAUGUUUAUCGAUGUCAAGCUGGCCAAAGGUAAAUCGAUCGAGCAAGCCAUUCCCAAGGAGUAUGCUGGUUUCAUCUACACGAUCUCAGGUUCGGGAUUGUUUGGUUCGGAAAAGCACAAGUCGGAUGCACAUCAUACUUUGGUCUUGGAUGAGAACGGUGGCACUACGGUCCCCGUCGAAUCGUUGUCGGAUGAUUGUCACUUUGUGAUCAUUGCCGGUCAACCUAUCCGUGAGCCUAUUGUUCAGUAUGGCCCGUUUGUUAUGGUGAGUGGAACAGUUACUGAUCAAGGGAAAGGAACAGUGUUGUUAGAAACGAGUAAAAACUAAUCUUUUUGUUCAUCUAGAACACUCAACAAGA